GUCCUGUGGUGCAGCAUGCCCUUACCGAGGCACAGGGCUUCCUUUCUGGGGCAACAGCCCUCGACCUCCACAGCUGAAAGCUCUGGGGCCACAGCCCGUAAGUUUAGCAUUGGCAAAGGAGGAAGCCUUUCGAGACCGUCAGGUGUUUAUGUGGGCACUGUACCUACAGGAGGUGUAAGCAGCCUGGGUACCCGGGUGUCUCGCCGAGCUCUGGGUAUAAGCAGUGUCUUCUUACAAGGUCUCCGUAGUUCUUCUUCUGCCAUACCACUACCCCAAGGGCUGGAAAGGGGACGAGGCCUGUCCUAUGAGAGCCUGGACGGGUGUCUGGUGGACUACAUUGAAAAAGUGAAAGCCUUAGAACAGGUGAACCAGGAACUUGAGGAACGCAUCCGAGCUUACCUGGCUAAGAAGUCUUCCAGUGCCAACAGCUGGGUAGCCUUGAGAGAGAACUGGGAGACCAUCUACCACCAAGUCGGGGAAUCGGUCCUGGAAAAUGCUCGGCUCAUGUUGCAGACAGAGAAUAUUCAAGCCUGUGCUGAAGAUAUUAAGGACAGAUAUGAAAAUGAACAGCCUUUCCGAAAGGCAAUAGAAGAUGAAAUCACCUCUCUCUAUAAAGUGAUUGAUGAUGCUAAUUUGACCAAGGUGGACUUGGCGAGUCAGAUUGAAAACAUGAAAGAAGAACUAACUUUACUGUCAAAGAAUCAUGAAGAGGAUGUCAAGAUGCUUUACAAGCAGCUGGCUGUCUCAUCACCUGAAGAACUAGAUAUUCCCAUUGGAAUUGGCCUAGAUGACAUCUUGGAGAAAUUUCGGAAUCACUGGGAGAAAGAUAUUGAACGGAACCGUACUGAGACAGGUGCCCUACUUCAUGCCAAGCCACUUACAGAAACAACACCUACUGUACGAACCCAAGAGGAAGAAUUGGUUGAAUCUCUGAGGGUAGAGUUUCAUGAAACAGCUUGCAAAAUACAAAGUCUGCAAGCAGAGACUGAAUCAUUGAGAACACUGAAGAGAGGGCUGGAGAACUCUCUCUAUGAUGCCAAACAUUGGCAUGACAUAGAACUUCAGAAUCUAGGUUCUGUCAUCACCAAGCUGGAAGCAGAAGUAGGAGAAAUCCGCAUGGAGACUGAGCAGCAGCAAAGGGAUCGUGACACUCUGCUGGUCAUUAAAACACAGCUAGAGAAAGACAUUGCUGCAUAUCACUGCCUUCUGGACAAAGAAGAGAGCAGCUGAUUUUCAUAUUUAUUCUCUUCGGGAGACAACCAAUAUAAUUCAAAACAAGAUAAUAUCCUCAUUGGCAAAAGUGUCGGUGGAAAUGAGAAGACAGCCAACACAGACUGCUUCAGCUUCAUUCAUCAAUCCAAAUAGGGCAGAACUUUAUCUGCUAUACAAGG